CCUCGCCGAACUACCCCUGCGGCGCGAGCCCGGGGCGGCUCCGGGCGCCCCCUGCAGACCCGCAUCUUGGGCAGUCGGAGCUCCAAGGCUCCCCCGGGCGACGUGACCGCCGAGGAGGCAGCGGGCGCUUCCCCCGCGAAGGCCAACGGACAGGAGAACCGCCACGUGAAAAGCAAUGGAGACGUAGUCCCCAAGGGGGAAGGGGAGUCGCCCUCUGUGAACGGAAGAGAGGCAGCUGGGGCCACUGGCGAUGCCCUCGCGCCGGCACCUCCUAGACAGCGCGCGGAGGCCAAAGGGGAGGCCUCCUCCAAGGAGACCCCUAAGAAAUUCUCUUUCAAGAAGCCUUUCAAGUUGAGCGGCCUGUCCUUCGAGAGAAAUUGCAAGGAGGGCAGGGGCGAUUCUUCUGCCUCCUCGCCCACCGAGGAAGUGGAGCAGGGUGAGCUGGGCGCCUGCAGCGACGAGGGCAUAGCCCAGGAAGGGAAGGCCGCCCCCCACCCCCCCCACCCCGAGAGCCAAGAGCCCCAGGCCAAGGGGGCAGAGGCCAGUGCCGUCUCCAAGGCCGCAGACGCCAAGGACGAGGCAGGGCGGGCUGCAGAGCCGUCCACCCCCUCGGGGCCCGGGAGUGGCCCUGUCCCGGCCAGCGCCAAGCAGAAUGAGUGGCUGGGUGGGGGGGAGGGAGGGGCUGUCGCCCCGUCCCAGCCACUUUCCCUAUCCUCCCUCCUGUGGAUUUUCCCAUCAGCCAUCUGGCCUUCCUCUAUGGCCCAUCGAAGAUGGUCCCUUACAGUUUCCCAAGUUAGGUUAGUGAUGUGA